AAAUCUUUUGGACAGAGACACAUUUUCAAAAUCCGAUCCAAUCUGUGUUUUGUACACACAAGCGAUUGGAAACAAGGAAUGGAGAGAGUUUGGAAGAACAGAAGUAAUUGAUAAUACUUUAAAUCCAGAUUUUGUGAGAAAAUUUAUAAUGGACUACUUCUUUGAAGAAAGAGAGAAUUUGCGAUUUGAUUUCUAUGAUGUUGAUUCAAAGAGUCCUAACCUAUCAAAACAUGAUUUUUUGGGACAGAUGUUUUGUACUUUGGGAGAGAUAGUUGGAUCACAGGGAAGCAGACUGGAAAAAUCAAUUACGGGAAUUCCUGGAAAGAAAUGUGGAAUAGUUAUAGUAACAGCAGAGGAGCUGAGCUGUUGCCGCGAUUCAGUUCUAAUGCAAUUUUGUGCGAACAAACUAGACAAGAAGGACUUCUUUGGGAAAUCUGAUCCUUUCCUUGUAUUUCAUCGGAGCAAUGAAGAUGGCAGUUUUACGAUCUGCCACAAAACAGAAGUUGUAAAAAAUACAUUAAAUCCAGUGUGGCAGGCAUUCAAGAUCUCUGUCAGAGCCCUGUGUAAUGGAGACUAUGACCGGACAAUUAAAGUAGAAGUAUAUGACUGGGAUAGAGAUGGAAGCCAUGAUUUCAUUGGAGAAUUCACAACAAGUUAUAGAGAGUUGUCUAGAGGGCAAUCUCAGUUCAAUGUUUAUGAGGUAAUAAAUCCAAAGAAAAAAGGAAAAAAGAAAAAAUAUAUUAAUUCUGGAACAGUAACAUUGCUUUCAUUCCUAAUUGAAACAGAAGUUUCAUUCCUUGACUAUAUUAAAGGCGGAACCCAAAUCAAUUUCACAGUAGCUAUUGAUUUCACAGCAUCAAAUGGAAACCCUUCACAACCCACGUCACUCCACUACAUGAAUCCCUACCAGCUGAAUGCUUAUGGUAUGGCACUGAAAGCAGUAGGUGAAAUCAUACAGGACUAUGAUAGUGACAAAAUGUUCCCAGCUCUAGGUUUUGGGGCUAGACUGCCUCCAGAUGGAAGAGUAUCACAUGAAUUUGCAUUGAAUGGAAAUCCUCAAAAUCCAUACUGCCAUGGAAUUGAUGGUGUGAUGGAGGCAUAUUACAGGAGUCUAAAAUCUGUACAGCUUUAUGGACCAACAAACUUUGCCCCUGUAAUUAAUCAUGUUGCAAGAUAUGCUUCUUCAGUAAAAGAUGGCUCCCAGUAUUUUGUUCUUCUCAUUGUUACAGAUGGAGUUAUUUCAGAUAUGGCUCAGACUAAAGAAUCCAUAGUGAAUGCUUCAAAGCUUCCAAUGUCAAUAAUCAUAGUGGGAGUAGGACCUGCAGAGUUUGAUGCUAUGGAAGAACUGGAUGGUGAUGUAGUCAGAAUUUCUUCAAGAGGAAAGUUUGCAGAAAGAGACAUUGUGCAGUUUGUGCCAUUCCGAGAUUACAUUGACAGAAGUGGAAACCACGUAUUAAGCAUGGCAAGACUUGCUAAAGAUGUCUUAGCUGAGAUCCCCGAGCAGUUUCUGUCCUACAUGAGAGUCAGAGGGAUAAAGCCAUCACCUGCACCCCCACCCUAUACACCCCCUAUUCAUGUACUACAGACUCAGAUAUGACGACUGCUCCAACAGGCUCAGUGUUUAUCACAAGUCAAGAGCCUUUGGCUGCAGUUGUAGCUUGUGAUAACUUUUUGGAGCUAAAAUAUUUCACUUCACAUACCAAAAUUCUCCAUAUGGUUGCAUGAGCAACUGAAAAGCUACUAAUGCUAGGAGAAAAAAAAGUUGAUGUUAUGAGUCUUCUUUUUUUUUUUUUUUUGACAAAACCCCUACUUUUUGAUAUAUUUAUUGGAGGGGAAAGCACAAGUCAGGAUUUCAACUCAGAAGAUAUUGUCCUCUCUAAAUAAUGUGUGUAAUAUAUAUAUGUACAGGAAUGCUAUUCCUCUGUAUCAAUGUUUACAUGUUACUAUUUUUAAAUUUCAGUACUUUUAUAACUAUUCUUAAAAUUUAAAGUUUGGAAUAUUGACUCAUAUGUCUUCGAGCUUGCAGCAGUUAAUCGCAACAGAAGCAAUAUCUCUUUGAAUGUUUGUCCAGACAAAUACAAAUGAAAAGCUAAAGAAAAGAAUGACAAAUAUGUUUUUUUCCUCAUAACUGAAUUGCUUCAGUGAGUGCUCAGCAAUCCGUUCAUCUCACAAUUUGAGAAUAAGCUCCCAAAAGGUGAAUAUCACGUUUGUAUAUGACUUAACUAACUGCAAACUUCAAA